AUAAAGAUAAUUUAACACUGUAUCCUACUUUGUUUAAUUUCAAUUGGUAUAUUCUGGAGUUGUAAAAUGUUAUUUAUUGGUUGUCUAAAAAUACACAUCAGAUAUUUACACAAUGCUUAAAUAUCUGGGUUAUGUCAAGUUAUGUUAUUAAACAUAACCUAACCUGUUAAAGAUUUAAAAAUAAUUUUUAAAUUUUUAAUUUUCUCCAGUUAGUAAAUUUCUAAUUUUCUAAUAGUGAGUUUAAUACGGUCUGUUACAGUUUUUCCAAUGCAUUCAGUUAAGCAUGUUUGCAAGCCAUAUCUUGGCAACAAUUUACUCAACAUCUUGAGACAUCUCUCCUCAACAGAAUGUUCAAAGAAAUACUAUGAUAUUGUAAUUGCUGGUGGAGGAAUGAUUGGGACCACUCUUGCAUGUGCUUUAGGUAAAAACUCAAGAUUUUCGGGAAGAAAAAUUUUACUAUUAGAAUCUACCAAGGAUAUACCAUUUGUUUUGUCUGAAAAAUAUAGUAAUAGAGUUGUAUCUCUGACACCAGGAACAAAGAAUCUAUUAAACAAUAUUGGCACAUGGAAACAUAUUGAAGAAGCCAGGUUUGCUACAGUAAAGAGACUACAGGUUAUGGAUGCUUUGUCUGAUGCUUCAAUAACAUUUGGAGAAAUAAAGUCUUCUGACGAUGUGUCCUACAUUGUAGAAAACAACUUAAUACUGCAUUCUGCAAAGAAAGAAAUAAAAAACACCAACGUUGAGAUCCUGUACGAAUCCAAAGUAAAAAAUUACGAGCUACCAGGUGUUGAUGAUUCUCAAGUUAAUAUUUUCCUUGAAAACGGUAACCAGUACACAUGUGAUUUAUUGUUUCGUAUACCUAGCCAGUUGAAGUUUGCCUCGAGUGUAGGUAUUUAUUUUAAAGCUACCAAUAAAUCAUUUACUCCAACACUUCCAGAAUUAUUUCACAUCGUCGAUUGA